AAGACUAUCAUCGAGAAGCAACUUGGAAGGAGGUUGAAGACGCAUACGAGGCGUAUAAGGGCUUCUAUGUCAAAUUCCAUCAAGACCACCCCAACGCGACCACGGAUUGCUACGAGGAAUUUCUCGAAACUCUCGGCAAUCAAGAGAGAGGCAGUUGGGCGUUAUUAGUUGGCCGUACGGCGGACAGAGCUGCGUCGCGUCGUAGAGACAUUACGGG